AUGGCUUUGUAUGUGGUGCUGAUGUUACUUGUGGCAGCUGCGAAGCUAGCGUUUGCAGGCAUCAUCCCAAACGCAGCGCACGCCAGCGUGACCAGACCAGGGGAUGUUAUCCUUGGGGCUAGCUUUCCGAUUCACCGCUGGUCCUCCGGAGCACCGUGUAGUGCAGGACUGUACAGCUGGGGGAUGGAAUUGAGCGCCAUUGUGAUGUUUGCCAUCGAGCAGAUCAACGACCGGGAGGAUCUCUUGCCAAAUGUCACCAUCGGCUACGACAUUCGCGACAACUGUUACUCAGAGACUCUGUCGCUGUGGACCGCAUUCAGUCUGGCUAGCACGUCGGAGAGACCCCAGGAGGACGUCCAGUUCCCAAAGAUCAGCCCACCAGACAACGGCAGUCUGCUGUGCAUCAUAGGGACGCAAACGAGCGCAACCACCAUUCCCACAGCUCAAGCUGCUAGCUUGUACAGCAUCCCCGUUAUCUCCCCGUUCGCAACGAGCAAUGAGCUGAGCGACAAGCGCAGGUUUCCGUAUUUCCUUCGCACUGUUCCCCCGGACAGUCUCCAGGCCUCGGCCAUCGCCGAUAUACUUUUGCGGUUCGAAUGGAAAUACAUUGGCCUGUAUUUUCAGCUGAACACCUACGGAAUUCACGGAGCCCAAAGCUUGCUGGACCUCGCCGAAAAGUAUGGCAUAUGCGUGGCGUUUUCCGUUGCGAUACGUUACCAACCAAAAACCGCUGAGCUCGUCGACGCUGUCGAUAGGUUGUCGAGCUUCCCAAAAGCGAAGGUCGUUGUUAUGAUUAUGGAUUAUCAAACAGCAAGUGAAAUCUUGACAACAAUGUCCGAUGUUGGACUCCUGUCUCAGUUGACCUUUGUAGGUAGUGACGCCUGGGCAUUGCCAGCUUCACUAAAAAGACACGGUGUUGAGGUUUCCCUUUUACAAGGUAGCCUCUUUGUCCAACAACGUUUUAUGCGCAUUGCUGGAUUCGAUUACGACCGGUUUAUACAGAUUGUAGAAUCUAGCACCCCAUGGUUAGGUGAGUGGAAGGCGGAACACAAUUGCUCCGACCUGAGCGAGUGCCCAAUCGACGUGGAUACAAACGACAAUGUCGUGGUCGAUGCUGUCUACGCCUUCUCGUAUGCUCUCCAUAACAUGUUGCACGAUCGCUGUAGCAAUGGUACCAACUGUAACUCAAUUCAAACUCUUACCGGACAAGAUCUGCUGCAGUACCUACUCAAUGUAAGAUUCGAGGGGCUGGCUGGGAACUACAAUUUUGACAGCAACGGCGAUCCAGGCGGGAAUUACAAAAUACUAAACUUUCAGUUUGUUGACGGAGCCAUUAGAGCUGUUGAAGUCGGGCUAUGGAGCGCCUUCGCCGCAGAUCCACUUAAACUGAAUAUGAGCGCUGUGAGGUGGAGUGAGACACGAGGAAAACCUGUCUCACUUUGUCGGGAAGACUGUCAAAGUGGUUUUAUAGAGGUGCCUCUGGAGGAAAAAUGCUGCUUUGGUUGCCAACGAUGUCCAGAUGAAGCCAUUGUCAUUGACAACAAGUGCAGGCCAUGUCCCGUAGACGAAUGGCCAGACAAGAAAUUCGAAGUCUGUCAACCCGUUAUACCGACCCCGCCCAGCUGGAGCGAGCCCACAGUCAUUGUCAUCAUAAUCCUGUCAGUCUUUGGACUAGUCCUGUCCCUUCUGGCAGCGUUCGGAAUCUACUACUACCGAGGACACGUGCUGAUCAAAGCCGCCAGUCGUGAACUGAGCAGCAUUAAUCUCUUAGGACUCACGCUGGCUUUCCUUGCUCCCUUUCCACUUCUCGCCCAGGUGACUGACGCCUCAUGCCGCGUGUCUGAGAUUAUCAUCACCUUGUGCUUCACUCUGAUCUAUGCACCAACACUACUGAAAGUCAACCGCAUCUACAGGAUCUUCGACACCGGAAAGAAGUCCAACAAGCGUCCUCGCUUCAUCGGUCCUCGACCACAGCUAAUGAUGGCGGUUAUUGUGUGCCUGUUUACGGUCGUGAUUUGCACUGCCGGGACCUUAAUUAGUCCAACUGCACCGGCCAAGUUGUAUUUUAGUCCUCCGACCGGGUACAUCGAGGCUUACUGCGCGUUUGGCUUCGGAUCGUUGGUGUCCACCCUGUUCAAUCUCCUCUUGGUUUUGGCCUGCUGCUACUACGCUUUCAAGGCUCGCAAGGUGCCCAGCAACUACAACGAGUCCAAGUUCAUCGCUAUCAGCGUGUACUCUACGCUGGUCUUCGGCAUGGCAGCCGUCCCCGUCUACAUCACGGCCACUACCGUUCUGCAGAAAGUUGCGACACUGUGCGUGGCCAUACUGCUCAAUGCCGUCUUGACUCUGCUCUGCGUCUACCUGCCCAAGAUCUAUGCCAUUCACUUCCAGCUGGACGUCCAACUUUCGUUCGGAAUCUACUACUACCGACGACACGUGUUGAUCAAAGCCGCCAGUUGUGAACUUAGCAGCAUCAACAUCUUAGGGCUCACGCUGGCCUUCCUCGCUCCCUUCCCACUUCUGAUUCCACCGACUGCUGUCUUGUGCCGUGCAUCAGAGAUCAUCGUCGCUUUGUGUUUCACUCUGACGUAUGCCCCGACCCUUCUGAAAGUCAACCGCAUCUACAGGAUCUUCGACGCCGGAAAGAAGUCUAACAAGCGUCCUUGCUACACGGGUGCCACGGUUCAACUCAUCUUCGUUCUCGGUAUCAUUGCAUCGAUGGUUGCAGUUGCCAUGACUGGUGCAUUGGCAAGUCCUACACUGCCAGCUAAGCUGUAUUUCUUCCCUCGACGUAACUACAUCGAGGUAUUCUGCCAGUUUGGGAACGGUUUCUUGGCAUCCCUCGUUUCCGAUAUCCCCUUGAUCUUGGCCUGCUGCUACUACGCUUUCAAGGCUCGAAAGGUUCCCAGUAACUACAACGAGUCAAGAUUCAUCGCCAUCAUCGUGUACUCUACGCUGGUCUUCGGCAUGGCGGCCGUCCCCGUCUAUAUCACAGCCACCACCGUUCUGCAAAAGGUUGCAACGCUUUGCGUGGCCAUACUGCUCAAUGCCUUCUUGACGCUGUUCUGCGUCUACCUUCCGAAGGUAUACGCAAUCCAGCUAGACAGCAAUGUAGAGAUUAGCUAG